GUUCUUCAAGGCAACACACCCGCCGCCUUGCAGAAGGCUCAGAAAAAUACGGUGGAACAGCAAGGCAUGCGGAACUCCCACAUCAGAGAUGCAGUUGCACUGAUCAAAUUUCUGGCAAAACUGGAGAAAGAAGUGAAAGAAAAAAAGCAUUGGACAGAAGUGUCAGCUGCUGCAGAUCUUAAACAGCACAGAUUUGCUGUAAAGGAUAAUCGCGGCCUCAGCUUCCCCACCAUAGCGGGCUCCGGGUCAAAUGGAGCAAUUAUCCACUACUUCCCCACCAAUGACACGGACAAAGCUAUCACCACCUCUGACAUGUUCCUUCUAGACUCCGGUGGCCAGUACCUGGACGGUACCACAGACGUUACAAGAACACUUCAUUUUGGAAAUCCCACAGCAUAUGAAAAGGAGUGUUACACUCGUGUUCUUAUGGGUCAUGUUGACUUUGCCGAUGUCGUCUUCGUCGGGGGUAAACUUGGUGAGUCCAUGAUCUAGCGCAUGGCUUGAUUGCCCCCUCCCCCCUCCUCCCGUUAACUCCAUGGUUUUUUUUAACUUUAAUUACUUACUGAGAAUGUUUAAUAUUAAGAUAUCUUUUC